CACGUCAGCAGCAAGGGAUACCUUAUCAGCAGGCCCCGACCGGUCUAUGCUGUUGAGAUCUCAAACAACAGUCAUGGACCAGAGGCCCGGAGAAGCGGACGAGGCCUAUCAGACCCGCAUGCUAGCCUGGAGUGCGGAGACUAAGAAACGGGCAGAUGACGCUGCAGCAGCAGCGAAGAAAAAGGCGGAAGAUGCAGAGCAGGCACGUUUGCUGGCACUUGAACAACAGCGCCAGCAUGACGAGGCAGCAGCAAGGGCUGCCGAUGAAGAAAGAAUACAGCGUCGUGAGAAGAUAUUCACWSGAGAGCGGGCGUUACUUACCAUGGCAGCGGCAUGGCGRACCGAGGCCGAGGAUGGCAAGUUGGAGGACAGCGCCAACAAGAUAGCRCUCCUCCUCUCGCAUCUCACGGAUCUCCUGGCCACCUGCAUUACACAGCAGGCGGAGAUCCUUGGCCUCGACACCUCGCUAGCUCAUCUCCAAGACCGCCUUCAGCGGUUGGAGCAGCGACCAGUCUCCGCCGCAGACGCAGGCUCUUCCAACACUACCGACCGCCUCAAUGCAUUGGAGAUGGACGUCGGCGCACUCAAGGAUGACGUACAAUCGCAGCAGACCGCGACAAAGCAAUUGCAACAGCGGAUCUGCAUUACCGCCACCACUUCGAGUACAGAACCGCGCGAGACCACUCCAAAGUUCGACGGGCAGGAGAUCUUUUGCGACUCAACGAAGACAGAUCCUAUUCCAUGGUUUCGCAAGUUCGAGCUCACGCUGCAGUUGUCCAACGUCAAGGAACACAAGCACCACGCCUACUUGUACUCUCGCUCAGGGGGCGCGUGCCAGGCCUGGUUGGACAACCUCCUGUCCAAGUACGGAGUGGUAGCUGCGGACUUGCACACCGUGUUCAGUUGGGAUGAUCUAAAGGCGGCGUGGCACAAGCGGUUCCAGGUGGAGCCGCCAGAGAUCAAAGCCAUGGACAAGCUCAUGGUCUUUGAGCAAGGCACGCUGCCGAGUACGGACUGGAUCGCCGAGUACCAACGCUUGACGUCAGUCCGAGACAUCCAGAUGGGCUUCAAGGCCGUCCGCCAUUACUUCAUCUCAAGGUCAUGUCCGGCAUUGAGCAAUGCCCUGACGCAUGUCGAAGAUACCUUGACGACGACGGCGGAGUUGUUCGACAAGGCUGCGCAGAUCAUUAUCACAAACAAGGAGGCCAAGAACCUUCGUUCAUCUGCGUCAGGCCCGAGCAGGGACCAGCAUCGGCCAAGAGUGGCCGUGGUCGCAGCGGCAACGCCGUUAGACCAAACCAGCGAGGCUGUGUCAACAAGUGAAGGAACCGUCGCGGUAGCCGACUCUUCCCCCACGGACUUGUCUUCGGACCCCCGUGUGGUGCGGUUGCUGGACGAGUUCGCCGAUAUCUUCGAGUCACCUACCGGUGUGGUGCCGGAUCGGCCGAUCUCUCACGAGAUCAUUCUUGAGGCCGGUGCUGUGCCGCCGAAAGGUUGCAUCUAUCGGAGGAGCGAGGAGGAGCUUGAGGUACUCCGCGCACAACUCGAUGAUUUGUUGGCCAAAGGCUGGAUCCGCCCGAGCAGCUCCCCAUAUGGAGCACCUGUUCUCUUCGUCAGGAAGAAGAACAAGGAUCUACGAUUGUGUAUCGACUACCGCAAGCUCAACGCGCAAACCAUCAAGAAUGCGGGGCCUCUUCCUCGCAUCGAMGAUCUUCUCGAGCGACUGGGCGGCGCGAAGUAUUUUUCCAAGUUGGAUUUGAAAUCGGGAUAUCAUCAAAUCUCGAUCCAGCCRCACGAUCGCUACAAGACSGCGUUCAAGACACGGUAYGGGCAUUUUGAGUGGGUGGUCAUGCCUUUUGGCCUCACCAACGYCCCGGYGACGUUCCAGGCGGMGAUGACCAACGAGUUCCGUGCAAUGUUGGACCGGUUCGUGCUGGUCUACUUAGACGAUAUUCUCGUCWACAGCCGGUCAUUGGAGGAUCAUCUGGGGCACCUUCGACGAGUGUUGGAGACGCUCCGCCRCGCCAAGUACAAGGCCAACCGCGACAAGUGUGAAUUUGCCCGGCAGGAGCUGGAAUACUUGGGYCAUUUUGUCACAKUGGAGGGCAUCAGUCCGCUAUCGGACAAGAUUCAGGYCGUCCCGGAGUGGCCGGAGCCUCGGAACGUCACGGAAGUUCGCUCGUUCCUUGGUCUUACUGGCUACUAUCAGCGCUUCAUCGAAGGCUACUCCAAGAUCGCGGCCCACUUGAACAAGCUUCAGUGCGAGGAUCGUCCGUUUGACUUUGGAGAGGAGGCGCGGGGAUCAUUCCUCGCUCUCAAAGCCGCGCUAUUGUCUGCGGAGGUCUUGCGAAUCUACGACCCGCUCACACCUACGCGUUACUUCAGCAAGAAAGUGCCCCUCGUGCAUUCCAUCGACGAUGCACGCAAGAAGGAGCUCCUCGCCUUCGUCCACGCGCUCAAUCGGUGGCGGCACUUCCUCCUUGGUCGAAGCCAAUUUCGCUGGGUAACGGACAACAAUCCGUUGGUCUUCUACAAGACCCAGGACACCGUCAACAGCACCAUCGCUCGAUCGAUGGCUUUCAUCGACCAGUUCGACUUCUUUCCCGAUCACAUUCCCGGGAAGUCGAACCGUUUUGCGGAUGCUCUUUCACGGCGUUCGGAUCAUUGUACCGCGGUCUACUCAACUUUCGAGAUUGACGACGACCUGCGGAACAGCUUCAUCCGCGGCUACCAAGCCGACCCCGAGUUUCGCGACAAGUACGCGAAUUGCUCCUCGCCUAAUCCGUCUCCUUCUCACUACCGGAUCCAGGAGGGGUACUUGCUUGUCCACACGCGSGGGAAGGACCUUCUUUGCGUACCAAGUGAUCCUCACUUGCGUACACGGCUUCUUGGCGAGUUCCACGAUGCUCCCGCCAUUGGACACUUCGGGGUCAAUCGCUCGAUUGGCCGACUUCGCCAGCGAUUUUGGUGGUCUGGCCUUCUCAGCGACGUCACGCGCUAUUGCGAGUCUUGCGAGGUUUGCAGACGUUGCAAAUCACGCAACCAUCGUCCGUACGGCGAGCUACGACCAUUGCCGGUCCCGUUGAGGCGAAGGGAAGCGAUUGCCAUGGACAUUACCGGCCCGUUCCCCAAGCACAAGACCGGAGUGGAUGGGAUUCUCAUGGUGGUCGACCGACUCACCAAGUUCGCCAUGUUUUUGCCUUGUCGCUAUCAUGCCAAGGCACCGGAGUUGGCCGAGGUUCUGUAAGCCGGUUGGAUUCGCACCAAGGGUUACCCCAAGGAGAUCGUCUGCGACCGCGACACUCGGUUCAUGUCCGAUUUUUGGUUGGCGCUCAUCAAACG